AUGUCUUCCUACAGCAACGAAAUAGAUGCACUAGCUCCAUCUGCAUCAGAUAGCUUGCAGGACAAUGCCAAAGAUCUCUUAUCAGGGGCAGCAGGUGGAGUCGCGCAGGUCUUAAUCGGACAGCCCUUCGAUCUUGUCAAGGUUCGUCUCCAGACUCAGGGUGGGGGUAAUGCUUUGCUGGCUGCACGCGACAUAUGGGCUCGAGAAGGGCCGCUGGCGUUCUACAAGGGAUCACUCGUUCCAUUGCUAGGAAUUGGUGCAUGCGUCAGCAUUCAAUUUGGCGCAUUCCAUGGGUUCCGACAACUCAUCGAAUCUUACAAUCAAAAAACCAAGCCAGGCGUUGAUCCGACAUUGUCUUUAACCCAAUUCUAUCUCGCAGGUGGCGCGGCAGGAGUGACAAACAGUAUCGUAUCGGGCCCUGUGGAACACAUCCGUAUCCGGCUUCAGACGCAGCCUCAUGGCGCAGCUCGGAUCUACGUAGGUCCCUGGGAUUGUACUCGAAAAAUCAUCCGGUACGCUGGGAUUUUCGGGUUGUACCAGGGACAAGUAGUUACACUACUAAGAGAGUUCCACGGAUACGGUGUUUGGUUCGCUACAUACGAAUAUCUCGUGAAGCAGGCCAUGCAGAGGAUGCAGAAGAAACGAAAUGAGCUUCCGAACUGGAUGAUCGCCCUAUGCGGUGGUCUAGCUGGCGAGACACUGUGGCUGUUAAGCCACCCGCUAGACGUUAUCAAGAGCAAGAUGCAGAGCGAUGGAUUCAGCCAAGAGAAACAAUACGCCACCAUGAGAGAUGCAUUCCGUCAAACCUGGGUCAAAGGUGGCAUUCGCGGACUUUUCUACGGUCUGGGACCUGCGCUGUUGAGGGCGAUGCCUGUAUCUGCAGGCACGUUUGCGACUAGGUUUCAUACAAGCAAGAAACUCGGUGACUUUUUUCUCUUGCAAUCUGCCAAGUUCAAUGCUGCUGCAUCAGCGUGA